AUGGGGAUCACAAAGAAGGAGCAGCCCGACACAACGAUCGUGCUCGAGCAGGCAUGGCUGCCGAAGAUGUGGACAGGCCCUGAGAAAGGGCUGCCAAAGGCGUCAAAGUGGACGCGGCUUUGGUGCGGCCACAACAGCAAAGUCAUCGGCCAGAAGCCCAUUUUCCUGUCGCUGCAUUACGGGUCUAUGGUUGGCUUUAAGUUCCUGCAUACAGAGCGGUAUGAAGAUCUCAACAUGUGGGUCUAUAGGCACUGCGGGGGCGAGUUCAACAGGGUCCUCACUCGGGAGGUGGGAGGACACCUGAUCCUGAGGGCCACGGUGGACAAGCCCCAUGUAAAGUUUGCCAACGCAUGCUCGGGCGCGGAGGUGGACAGCAUGAUGCUUGUUGAGAAGAGGCCUCCGUAUUGGAGGGAGGUCUUGGCAGAGCUGAAGAGCCGAAUGGUGAGGGCUGGCCGGGUGACCGAGCAGCAGGCGGUCAAAGUGGUGCUGGGCGAAGAGGAGCUGAAGCCGGUGAACGGCAACCAGCGAUUGUGGGCCGCGCCGGCCAAGGCCAGAGCCAAGCGGGCGGCCAAGGCCACGGCCAAAGCAAAGGCUGGCCCCAAGCGCAAGGGAAAGCCCGUGAAGACCAAGGUCAGCAAGGCUGCGCUGAAGGCUGUUAAGCUGGUGCGCGGCAUGGGCAAGAGCGAGGCUUCGGCGUCCAGCAAGCCCGCGCCUCCCUCGCCGGGUUCGGAGAGUUCCCAAGUAAUGAGCCCGAUGAGGAAGCCAGUCAAGAAGAUGAUUGGGAAGCAGGUGAACCCCAAGUCACUCUGCUUGAAAGAGCUCGAGAAGCCCAGCGUGGACACCAUCGGUAAGGGCCCCAAGGUGAACCCUAAGUCGAUCUCCUUGCACGACGGUGCGGAGAGCCGGGAGCUCGAAGCCCACCAAGGCUACCUCAAUGAGUGA